AUGAUGGGCCAGGGCGCCGAACGCAAGUCGACCUUCCUCCAACGAUCGCGCUCCAACUCGGCGGGCGACGAGAAGCCCCACGGAAGCGACCUCAUCGCGGCCUACUCGCUCGGGCUGGCCGAGGAGGCCCUCCUCAAGCACAUCCCCUACCACGCCAACAUCGCCAGCCUCCAGCGGCGGGGCACCCGCUCGGCCUCGGUCGGCGACUACCACGACCAGCCGGCCGAGAGCCGCAGGUCCAGGCAGCUCCCGACCAGGCCUGGACAGGGGCCUUCUGGUGAGAGGAGCCGUAGCCGCAGCAACAGCGCCUUCUCGCGGUCGGCCGCCGGCUCCCGGGCCGAGGAGGCCGCUACCCGGCUCACGGCGGCCCAUCUGAUGGCCCUGAGCAAGAACGACCCCCGCGUUCCGCUCCUGUUCUUGGGCGGGCGAUCAAACGAUCUCGCGGGCAUGGCUUCGUCAAGGCUGGGCAAUGCGCCGCUGUACGUGCGAACGAUCUCGGCCUCGUCAGAGGACUCGCUGGACUCAGCGUCGAGCGCGCUGGGGCUGUCCCCGCGACUUCUGCAGCUGUCGCAUCAGAUGAGCCGGGCCUACUUCCUGGAGUUCAUACUGCACGACAAGAAAGCCCGCUCGGCCUUCAAGCACUACCUCGAGAAGAGACACUGCGUGGAGAACCUCAUGUUCUGGCUCGACGUCGAACGCUUCAAGAAACUUGUGCAAAAGAACCACGAUGGGUCGUUGACAAAGGAGAUCAACUCCAAGGUUGCGGAGAUCAGGGAGAAGUACCUCCAGCCCACGUCAGCCCACGAGGUCAACCUCACGCACCAGGACCGGAAGGAGCUGGCCGAGGCCCUCAAGAGCCCAGGCGUCCACUCCUUUGACCGGGCGCAGAAGGCCAUCUUCAUCCUCAUGGUCGACGGCACCUUCGACUAUUCCUCAACAGCGACUCCUACAAAAAGCUCGACAGUCGAAACGAAGGCCGUGGACGAGAGCGCGACGGUAGACAGCGCGAGGGACCCCAACAAGGAGGCCAAGAGGCGACGAAGCCUGUUCGCGCGACGCAAUACGGACGCGUCGCAGCCGUCUGAUAGCAUGACGAGCAGCGGCGAGAUCGAGCUCCCCGUCGAGCGGGAGAGCGACAAGGACAAGAAGAAGCGCUUAAAGAACAGGCAGAAGGAGAUGAAGAGGCGGCACACGGUCACCGACUCCAAGGAGAUCGCGCAUGGUCGAGACGGCGGCGGCGACAACAAGAAGUGUCUGGUCAUGUAA